AUGGCGACCGCUACAGUGGCAGCGCCUGCAAUGGCAAACAUUCAACUUCUCCUCCCGAUAGCCGAGCGAAACAAACUCCCUCUACGCCUCGUACGCUUCUUCAAACGCUUUCCUCCCGAGAUCUAUUCCGCGCGCGCAACCGGAGUCAUGCUACCGCUCACAAGAGAAGACUCCAAAGCCAUGCGGAUAGCCGAAGCCGCAGCUGAGGCCGAGAAGCAGGAGGCGAAGACAGUGGCUUCCAAAAAGUCACGAACAUCUAAAACUGAAGCAGCUACAACUAAGAUCGCGGCAACGGCUACGCCUAUAAGGACACCCACAACUGCGGACUUGUCACCGACUAUCGCCUCAGCUGUAGGAACACCAGCAGCCACAUCAGCAGCGCAAGCAGAUAGCAUGAACGCGACCAUAUCAACGCCCGACGUCUCAGCAACAGAAGACCCAUCAACCACAUCAUCAGCUCUCAACACAGCCGCAGAGACGUCAGCACCCAUAUCACCACCUCUCAUCUCAGCUGCCGAGAUACCACAAACGAUAUUCGAGACACAACCAGAAAGCACCUCCUCAGAACCAACCACCACUCCCAGCUUAUUUGGCCGCAGAAUCGACGGCCUAACCCGCGCAACCCGCUUCCCCAGCAACCCUUUCCUCCCCUUCAAAAAUCCCGCCACCGGCAACUGGAUCUCUCCCAAAUACGGCCUCCGCGAGCAAGCCGACCUCUGCAAAAUCGCCCGACAGCACAGCGUCGAAGACCUCCUCCCACCUUCCCGAAAAUCGUCAAUGUUCAAACAGGCACGCAUCCUCCAGAAGGGUCUGCGCGUCAGGGGUACAGGCGAGGGCCAGAAGGUGAAGGGCCAUAUCUGGGAGAGGCAGAUGCCGGCGAUGUUGGAGAAGAGGAAGGAGGCAUUGCGGCAGAUGCCGCAGUUGGUGCGGGACUGGCAGGCGAGAGGGAACGGGAAGGGGUGGAAGGCUUGGCCGAAAGCGAAGACGAAGUAG